AUGUACAACCAUCACUCGCAAGGCCGCUAUGGCUCCGGCUCUCGUUCUUCCUCUUCCACCGACACACCUCAGGGCGCACUCGGAGCUCUCGCAGACUGGGCUGCGCGCAAUCUCGAUCCGGAAACCCAAUCUUCACCUGUAUCGAUCUACGUCGAACGUUGUUGUCAUCCAUCCCUCUCCUCACCCAACCUGGCGCUCAAUCUCGAGCUGGCCGACUACGUCAAUCAGAAAAAGGCCAACACGCCGCGUGAGGCAGCAUUUGAGACAGUUCGCAAGAUCAACUCUCGCAAUCCGCACGUGGGCAUGCUCGGCCUGUCUCUGCUCGAUAUCCUUGUGAAAAACUGCGGAUAUCCGUUUCACCUUCAGAUUGCAACGAAAGAGUUUCUCAACGAAAUGGUCAAACGCUUCCCAGAACGACCUCCCGUGUUCGCCUCUCCGGUGCAAAGCAAGAUCCUAGAGCUGAUCCACGAGUGGAAGCUCACUCUCUGUGUGACAUCCAAGCAUCGCGAAGACCUGGUUCACAUUCGUGACAUGCACCGUCUGCUCACCUACAAGGGUUAUCGAUUCCCCAACGUCGACUCGCGCGCUGCCAGCGUGAUGAAUUCGGACAACAAUUUGAAAUCUCCCGAAGAGCUGGAAGAGGAAGAUCGAGCUGCCCAAGGUGCCAAGUUGCAAGAAUUGAUCCGGAGAGGAACUCCCAAAGACCUCGCCCAAGCGCAGGAGCUCAUGAAGAUCAUGUCCGGAGCCGAACCGGAGAACAAGCCGGAUUACAGCAAGCAAACGAGGAGGGAGCUCGACAAGGUGCAAAGCAGAGCCAUCUUGUUGAACGACAUGUUGAAUAAUGCCAAACAAGGCGAGAGAUUUGUCAGCGGGGAUGCGUAUGACCAGAUUGCGAGCCACUUGAGAAGCGUACAGCCGAGGAUUCAAAAGUGGAUCGGAGACGUGGAGGAAGGUUCGGGUGGUGGCGAGGCAGCGGAUAACAUGGACAGGCUGCUGUUGGUCAACGACCUGAUCAACCAGGUUGUGGAGAGGUACAAGCAGUUUACCCAAGGGAACUACGAUGCCAAAGCGGUGAUUGAUCCUAGUAUCGACCCGAGCAAAGGUGGCGCUGAUGCUGUGCCGACGGCGAAAAUCAGUGACCUGAUCAGUUUCGAUGAUGACGAAUCGAAAUCAAAGACGCAGUCGGCACAGCAGGGAGGCGCAAGUGGAAGCAUCAUGGAUGAUUUUGCUUCGCUUACAUUCAACGAUGUACCCGUUGCUAUGACUGCUCCAAGCUCGACUGCUCCAACAACCACGUUGGGUGGUCUGCCAGCGGACUUGUUCAGUAACAACAGCGGAUCAUCCACGCCUAAUUCCACCAACGCUAUCACGAAUCCUGCGUCGGGACUGGGCAACUGGGGUGCAUUGCAGUUGCCGACCACGGCUACGUCCACUUCGACCUCUCCUCGCAUCCCACAAGCUGCGCCUACAUCCCACCAAAAUUUGCUCGAUAUGCCCGCUCUGACACCCGUGUCCAACGCCGCAUCUCGCUCGUCGACCAAUGUACAAGCUCAACCUCAGCAAAAGCCCAAGUCUACCGAUCCAUUCGCUGACCUUGAUGCCAUGUUCAAGUAA